AUGAUACGUAAUGCAUCGACGCAGAUUGAAGCACGUGACUUCUCGAGAAUGCCUUCUACAUCGGCACGCAUAUUUCUCUUAUCGAAAAACAAAGUUCUUUUUCUUUCAAUUCUUAUCAUUAUUCCUAACACGACUCAUAUCGGUUAUACUGCCGCAGCUUUAGUUUAUCGCACACCAAACUACCGUGAAUUGGCUGUGAACAUCCUAAAUGAUACAAUCAAACGUAUGCUAACGUCGAAAGUAUGGGGAUACAUCGAUCAAUAUUGGCAAAAAACUUCGACAUUUCCUGAUCCUGUUUACAACGAGAACAUCAUGUACAGUGGACACUUGUUGCAACUGAUAGCAUUAUAUGAGAGUAUUUCGGGCGAUUUAAUUUACGAUACACAAGGAUUUGACUUCGUUUGGACUAAAGAUAAUUCAACUGAAACGACAAUUCAUUAUACAACCAGUCAACUUGUGCAUGCUAUCUAUCGUGCGAACCUGGAUGGGCGUAUACGAUUUGUCAAAAUCAUCCUCAUUUGGUGGAAAGACUUUCUCGAUCAUCAUGCACUCGAAGAUAUUCCAAUAUACAAAAACGAUCAAAAUCAAACAUCAGACAUUAUUUGUAACGGCUGGAAGGUAAUGUACAAGAAUAAAUAUUGGCAACCAGCAGAGUCGGGUUGCUAUCUUGAAGCGGGUGGUUACAUUGGUGUACGAAUGCAAAUGAAUCGUUGGAUAGCGACAUCAUUUUAUCUCAUGGUUGAAAAGCAAUGUUCGAUCGAUGCCACAGAAAAAUUAGCGUGCGCAUAUGCAUGGUUUGAGAACAAUUUCGGUACAUAUUUAGAUAUAGAUCAUGACGGAUAUUUCGAAUCAUUUUAUUAUGAAACGGACACCGUUUAUUCCAACUGGGUCACAACGAACGUUCUUUUAUCUUUGUUAAUGGGAGAAAAUCGUGCAGAAGCAAAAGCAUUUUUGCGACAAAAUUUCAUGAAAAAUUCCAAAAUAAAGAACCAGAAGUUGUAG